AUGGCGAUUCGUUGGACAUUACGUUUGGUGCCGGUUUUCGCGCUGCUCAUCAGUGGCGGUUACGGCUGGUUUACGUACUGUUCACCAGAAGUGGACUACUUUGAGAACAUUCAGAGCCUAUUGGAGUUGGCCACUACCCGGUACGGUGUGUAUUACUCAUACUCAAAAAAUGACACCCAUCCAACAGUGCUGCAAUUACUGGAUCGACUCAACGUCGAUCUUACCAAGCAGAUCUCUGCCAAGCAUUCCAUCGAAACGUACACGGCAGAUAAACUCAACCACUAUGGAGUAAGCCGAACAGCUGCCAGCAGUGUUAGUGAGGUUCACAGUCUGAAGGAAAUAUUCCGUGUGCUGGAUGCGGACAAUGAUUUGAUGCUGAGCGAGCUGGAACACCAGCGUAAAGAGUAUGUGGCAAAACAGCAGGCACUGAACCAGCUGCAGGACAAAAUCCAAGCACUGCGUGGCGCCAACGUUGCGCUGGAAGCAAGCAUCAAGGCACGAAACGAUACCCUAUCGAAGGCCAACGCCACUAAAACUGGGCUCCAAAAAACCAUGCUCGAACGUGGGCUUGAACAGCAGUGA